AGAGAGAGAGAGAGUGUUUGUAGAGUCUUCUGGGGGGAGAGUAAAAGGAUUAACGAUGGCGUCUCUGACCCCAGGCUUCCUGUUAAAGCUCCUUCAAUCAAUGAAUUCUGAUACGAAAGUUGCGGGAGAGCACAGGUCAGUGCUCCUUCAGGUAAUUGGCAUAGUUCCGGCACUAGCGGGUUCCGACCUUUGGCCCAACCAUGGCUUCUACGUCCAGCUCUCCGACUCCGCUAACUCCACCUACGUCUCUCUAUCUGAGCGCGACACGGAUCUCAUCCUCACCAACCGUUUACAGCUCGGACAGUUCACUUACGUCGACCACCUCGAGUUCGACUCCCCUCCUGUACCACGAGUAUGCGGCAUCCGUCCCAUUGCUGGCCGCCACCCGUUCGUUGGAAGUCCCGAACCACUAGUCGCCCGCAUCUCCCCUUCCAAGCGCGGCUAUGUCAUCCAACCCAUCUCCGAUUCCGACCCUUCUUCCCUCAAUCCCCCUAUUUCUCCCUUCCUUUUUGUUCCUCCUCCCACUCGCCAACCAGAAGGUGGUGAUCUCAUUCGUGAUCCCCCAUCACCCCCGCACCGGCAGGGGCCAGCCGACAAGGACCACCACCGGUCAAGACCCGUUCUUGUCCAGCGGGACAACAAUGUUAAUGUGGUUCCCGUUGUUGGUGGUGGAAAUGGAAACAUCCCCUCCAAAUUUAAUUCCUCGGAAGGUAACCAGACUAAGUCGCAACAGGAGAAACCUCGACGUUUCUCAUCUCCGGCUUCUGCUAAGCAGCAGAGGUCUAUAUCUGCUGGGAAGAGGACGGAAAGAGAGCCUUCACCCGCAGGCAAGGCAAAUUCCAGGUCUGCAUCUCCAGUCCCGUCCAAAUGCGUCGUUCCAAGCUUGGUUGCAGCCCAUGAUGAGAACCGAAAGACUUCAAGGGAGCCUGCAAUCAUUGUGCCUUCAAGAUAUCGACAGCCAUCCCCCACUGGCCGGAAACAGGCUUCCCCGAGUGGUCGGAGGGCUUCUCUUUCUCCUGGUAGAAGGAUUUCUGGGGGUUUGAAGGUCUCCCCAGUGGUUGUCGCUGCUGCUGAUUCUGCUAGUAAGAAGAAGAUGGCAACAAUAGUUACCGGGAUUUCAAAGGUUUCAGAUGCUUUGGUAGGAUCUUCAAAGAUGAGGAAGAGCUGGGAUGAGCCACCAGCGGCUGCCGAACAUAAAGACAGGGCAACCUCUAGACAUAAUAAACCCGAUCUGCAAGCCAUCAUGCGAACCCAGGUAGCUAUUUCAAGGCGACUCAGUGAUGCUAAUGGAGGAUCAGCUCAUCUGGAGCCUGCUUCCAUGAAUGAGAGGUCAAAACCUUGUAAAGCAGAAGCUCAUUUGGUGGCUGAAAAGCAUGGCUCCACAACUCCCACAAUUACUGUUCAUGAUAGAAAAUGGACAGAUGGAAGCGUUCCAUUGGACUUUGUCCCUGCUAGACUUGCUAGGCUUGGAAAGGAGGCUCUGAAAAGGAGAGUUCUUGCCUCUACUGCUGCUGCUGAGGCUUUGGAAGAAGCCUCUGUAACUGAGUCGAUUGUUAGGUGUUUGAGCUUGUUUUCGGAUCUCUGCUCAUCUGCCAGGGCUGCAUAUCCUCUUCCAACUAUUGACCGGUUUUUGUCAGUUUAUGAUAAUGUUUUGAAGUCAACAAUAAUUGCUGAAUCAGUUGCCAUGAGCCACAGUUCUGACAGUCAUGACAAUUUUGUUCCAAAUGAGCGCUCAAAAUCCAUUUCUCUUUGGGUUGAAGCUGCUUUGGCUACUGAUCUAGAAGUCAUUUCUCUCAUAAGUGACCAGACUGGAAGCCAUUCUAAAUUCCAGAGUCUCAAAAAGCCUAGUAUAACUGUCAUGGAUGUGCAGCCUCCUUCACCUUCAAGGAUGAGUGGAUAUAAGAACCAAUCUCUCUGCACACUGGCUAGGAAUCAUUUGAAGGCGGCUCCAGCAUCAUCAUGUGAUUCUGUUGAUGGGUCAUGGUCAAGGGGGUGUGGAGUCAAAGAGACUGUGGAACUAGCUAGGAAUUUGCAAAAGGAGAUGGAAAUGUGGUUCUUGCAAUUUGUUGAGUCGUCAUUGGACAUGGGCUUCAAGGUCUGUGGCAUGUCUUCAACCGAUGGUUGUGGAGUAUUCGGGGCAGAGAAUGGCCCAAUUGCGGCUGUCCUAUCACGAUUGAAGCAUGUCAAUGACUGGUUGGAUCAUGUGAGAGGGAAACAAGAUGUGAUGCUCAUAGAGAAGAUUGAGCGUUUAAGAAGAAAGAUAUAUGGGUUCGUCAUUCAGCAUAUAGGAACGGCACUUGAUGAUUCUACUUCGAGUGUAUCAUCUUAAUUUCUGUUUUUAUGAGAUUCUAGUGUACAUUUUCUUUGAAAUAAUUAUCUUUUUAA